AUGGAACCCAUUCUGGACCAAACCCGAAAGCGCAAGCUGCUCGUCAUUGCAGACGAACCAUGUCUAAGGCAAAUGACCGAUGGGGACGCCGAGCUCGGCCAAGGACCCCAAGAAUCGAUAAGUGAAAUAGAUCUCGAAGACCAGCCCGGACAUUUACUUGCACACUGGGACCGCUAUCUGGGUCGACUCAACAGCCACAUUGACAUACUUGACAAACAACGGCACGACUCAACUUCACCCGCAGCAAGCCGAAGACUUGACCUGACAGCUCGUGUUCAGGAUCUAGCAAAUGUACUCAAGACGAUACAUAUUGGCAUCCUGACAGACCGAUUGCGACAGUGCGCCUUUGAGCCGGAAGAAAGGAUCGUUUCCUUGUACCGAACCAUCAAAAGCCGUCUCAAAAGAAUUCAAACGAUGGCUUCACAAUUGGAAACUGCAUUGAAAAACCAAAGCCAUACGACCCAAGACUUGCUGCGCAUGUUGGACAACAUCCUCAUUGAUAUGAACCUAUUGAACAUGGAUAACGAGGUAUACUACCUUCAGGAAUGGGAGAUCCAGGAUGAUGAGUGCUGUUGUGGCGAACCAGGUUGUGAGAGGGUGACUCUAUAUAUAGGAGGAUGCCUGUAG